UAUAUUUUAAAUGUUACCAUUCCAUCAUUUGUUUCAAUCUUUCUUUGUCCAAAUACUUAAGUCACUGAGGUGUAGCCCAUUAAACUGAACUACCAAGGAUGGAUGAAUUAUGUUUUUGAACGUUAUCAUUCCAUAAUUUAUUUCAAAGUGAUAGAUAUAUUUUGUAAAUACAACUAAUGAAUGAAUGCAUUAUUUUGAUAGUAUUUUGCACUUGAAAACAUUUUGUCUCUUGCUAAGAAGACCUGAAUAAUGGACCCUAGUUGGUCUGGGCCCAAUCUGAAUCCUUUUUUAUAAUUCAAAUGGGCCAAAAUGUUGGACCGUUUAAAUUUUGGACAGCCCUCGACUGUCUCCGCUUGGCCUUGGCUUGGCGUUCUCAGCGCGCAGUCACAGACAGAGAGAGAGAGAGAGAGAGAGAGAGAGAGAGCGAGGGAGCGAGCGAACAAGAGGAGGUUGUAAAAAUGGCGAUGAGGACUCUGCGUGGAUCGCACCAGCUUAGAUAUCUCUUCUCCAAUCCUAGAAUUUUCACUCCAACACCAUACCUAGCGAUUCUUCAAAAACCUAGUAGCGUUUAUGAUGUUUGGUGCAAGGUUUCCGGUCACAAACCAGCUACUUUGCUGAUAUCUCCUUUUCUGGGGACUCUAUGGAUUCAUUCUGGUCAAUUUCUGAACACGGACGACAAAGUUUUGGAGCAACCAAAGCACUCUGAAAGCAUCAUAGCUGCUGAUGGCCCUUGCGAUGGCAAUGGUACAAAGAAAAGGAAGAAACUGAAGGGAAAAAGAGCUGUUGUUAGGUGGUUAAAGUUCUUGAGAUGGAAGAAAAAGAAAGAAUAUAAAAGAAUGACAGAAGAAGAAAAGAUCUUAUACAAAUUGAGGAAGGCUCAAAAGAAAGAGGAAAGGCUUGUUGAAGCUCUCAAGAAGAUUGAACCUAAGGAGUCAUUGGAAACGACCCAUGAUCCAGAGAUACUGACACCAGAAGAACACUUCUAUUUCUUGAAGAUGGGCAUCAAGUGCAAAAACUAUGUUCCGGUUGGGAGACGAGGAAUAUACCAGGGUGUAAUCUUAAACAUGCAUUUGCAUUGGAAGAAACACCAAACUCUUAAGGUGGUGGUCAAGACGUUUUCACCAGAGGAGGUAAAGGAGAUUGCCGCAGAGCUAGCAAGAUUGAGCGGAGGAAUUGUGCUUGACAUUCAGGAAGAAAACACCAUUAUCAUGUACAGAGGGAAGAAUUACUCUCAGCCACCAACAGAGAUAAUGUCACCCAGGAGUACCCUCCCCAGAAAGAAGGCUUUAGAUAAAUCCAAAUAUAGAGAUGCACUUCGAGCCGUUAGGAAGUGUAUCCCAAGACUUGAACAGGACCUUGAGCUGCUUCAAGUAAAAGCUGAUAAUAGGAGUAAUGUUAUGGAAGAAUCCCUUUCUACUGGCACUGAAGAUGUUGCCUCUCAAAGUCUUUUAAAUUCACAGCAGGAGAAUUCCGAGAGGCUGAGGGCGUUGAUGGCUGAGAAUGAUGGAUCCCAGGACGAGGAUGACUCCGAAACUGAUUUAGUUAUGUGUUCAGAUUCCGAAGAUCUGUCAGAUAUCUUUGAGACAGAUUCUGAUACACAGAAUGAAGAGAAUACUGAACGGCCACUCUACCUGGAUCAGUUCCAAAAAUUCCCUGCUCAAACCGACAGAGAAACAGAAGGCAUUGAGGAGCUUCUGCAACAAGCAGCUGGAGGGAAAGAUGAAGAGAAACUGGACCUUGAUGAGGUGGAUCAGAUGUUUCUGAGAGCUGCAUCACUUUUAAAGAAGAAAAGAGGUAAAAGUUGAGAACUCUUUAUGGGAGUUACUUUGAUCUUCUGUUAAGUUUGUUAAUAAAUCAUUAAUUUAGCCUCUAGGUAGGUGUGCUUCUGUUCCCACCCAAACUGAAGUCUGUUUUGUCUUCACCUGUUUGUGAAGGCCAUGAAAGAACUCUAUAUGGGAAUUAGUUGGUAAUUCUUCUAUUUAUUGCCACAAAGAUUGUGGUCUCUUCAUAAGUGUGUAAUUCUUUCGUACUUCCCGGUAUCGUUAUUCUACUUGUGCAAGCAUUGUACACUACCCCACCCAUGAAUGGGCGGCCUUUGUGCCUGAAUCUCGUCUUGGGUUGAAUUGGGCCUUUGGCCUGAGUAUUGGGCGCUCUAUUUAUUA